AGCCAGGGAGAGCAGUGGAGAGCCGGGGCCCUGCUGUCCCCGCACAGUGGAGGUACCAUGCCCUCACCGGUCAGGACACCAGACGUCGCCAGAAGCCUUGCAGCGCUGGCUGCGGCAACUCCCUGACACUCAGAGGAAAGCCCAGGCUGGGGGAAGAACACCUGUCCCUCACAGCCAUGCAUGCCCGCUGCUGCUCCAGGCCUCCCCCGUCCCCAGGCCCAAGAUGACACCCAACAGCACCAGGGAGAUGCCCAGCCCCAUUCCCGCAGGGGCCCUGGGGCUCUCCCUGGCCCUGGCAAGUCUCAUCGUCGCUGCCAACCUGUUCCUGGCCCUGGGCAUCGCCAGGGACCACCGCCUGCGCGGCCCACCCGCUGGCUGCUUCUUCCUGAGCCUGCUGCUGGCCGGGCUGCUCACCGGGCUGGCGCUGCCCAUGCUGCCAGGCCUAUGGAACCAGAGCCGCCGGGGCUACUGGUCCUGCCUCUUCCUCUACUUGGCUCCCAAUUUCUCCUUCCUCUCCCUGCUUGCCAACCUCCUGCUGGUGCACGGGGAGCGCUACAUGGCAGUGCUGCGGCCUCUGCGGACCCGCGGGAGCACCCGGAUGGCCUUGCUCCUCACCUGGGCUGGCCCCCUGCUCUUUGCUAGCCUGCCUGCCCUGGGCUGGAACCACUGGGCCCCUGGGGCCAACUGCAGCUCCCAGGCUGUCUUCCCAGCCCCCUACCUCUACCUUGAAGUCUACGGGGUCCUGCUGCCCGCCGUGGGCACUGCCGCCCUUCUCUCGGUCCACGUGCUGGCCACCGCCCACCGUCAGCUGCAGGACAUCCGCCGGCUGGAGCGGGCCGUGUGCCGCGGCGCGCCCUCGGCCCUGGCCCGCACCCUCACCUGGCGGCAGGCCAGGGCACAGGCUGGAGCCACGUUGCUCUUCGGGCUGUGCUGGGGGCCCUACGUGGCCACCCUGCUCCUCUCCGUCCUGGCCUAUGAGCAGCGCCCGCCGCUGGGGCCCGGAACUCUGCUGUCCUUCAUCUCCCUGGGCAGCGCCAGUGCGGCGGCCGUGCCCGUGGCCAUGGGGCUGGGUGAUCAGCGCUACACGGCCCCCUGGAGGGCGGCCGCCCAGAGGUGGCUCCAGGUGCUGCGGGGAAGACCCCAGGGCAGUCCUGGACCCAGCCCCGCCUACCACACCAGCAACCAAAGCAGCAUGGACCUCGACUUGAACUAGGGGAAGGGCCUCUGCUCGUUCCUACUAGAAGCAUUCGUCCAUCUUGGCCACCAAGCCCAUCUCCACUUAUCCCCGCACCUCUGGAUCAGAGACCCUGCCCCUAUACGACCCCACUCUGACUGAAUAAAGUUCCCCUGGCUCCCAG